UAGGAAUAUAAUGCCUCACUGUGAAAGGCGCGUUAUUUGGAUUUAUCAAAAUAAAAACAUUUUACGAGGCAAAAUCAAAAGAUAAUUAAGCUGCUAAUUUGACACAGAGAUGCAUGGAUAUGAUGUUUAAGAAAUGAUUGUAUGAGGGAAUGUACAGUAUAUGGCACCUUGAAGUAUGUCACAAGCAUUGUUUCUUGAAGCUGUUGUCACAUGGGAUGAGAAACUCUGCCAGCAAAAUUUGCAAGAAGCUCUACCGAAACUUAUUAGUCACCUGCAAGAGGCAUCAGUUCUUCAAGAGGAAAUAGGUAUAUUAAAGAUAAUAUGUGUGUCCUUUUUGCCGUGGGUACAGAUAGAAGUAGCAGAAAAUCUGGUGUUUGCAGAUAUCUCCUCAAAGGGAUGCUUAAUGCUUGACAAAGUACUGGAAGAAAUAAAGUUAACACCUAAACACUCUUCAGCACAGGCAAACUUUGAAGUUUUAUUAGAGGUUUUGGUAGAGCUACUUGACUGUUUUACUCAGUGUAUCAAAUUUGCGCAAGGGGCGGGUAAUUCCUACGAGCUUGCCACAGUUCAUUCAUUACCAUAUGGUGCUAUACAUUUACUGAAAGGAACCUACACGCAUUGUAAGGAGAGUAGUGAAGUAUAUGGGGAUGCCCUGGCCUGUGUAACAGAACCACUUUCUGUCCUUUUCAAAAAGGCGCAUGCUUUACAAGUGGCGUUGCUAGGGUUACUGGACAACAUUGUUAUCAACAAAGGUAUCAGCCAGCAAGAUAUAGAUGAUCUUUGUUUUGUGUGCCAGGGAUUGUUUGAGAUAUGUCAGGUAGUGUCCAGUCUGGAUGUGAAACUGGUUGUCAGCCUAUGGAAGGCAAUCUCUAGGUUGUCAGGACGACACAAAAAUCAUCUGAAAGAUGGGCUAGAUGUGGAUACCAUGGUAACAUAUCUCUGUACAGAGAUCAACAAAGGUUAUUCGUAUUUGUUACAACUAGCGCCACCUGGUGAGAAUAACCAAGAAUUGAGCCUAUCACAAGGAGAUUCCGCUGCCUUUCAAAAGUCACUGAAAGUUCUAGGUUACCAGAUGAGGGUUAUAAUUUCCUUGUUGGACAGUUUUAUAGAUAGUAUCAGUGAUUGUGUGAACUCGGUGUAUGAUAUGGUAGUAUCUAUAUUCAGGAGUUUGCCCCCUUGUAUUGUUGAGGUGAACAUAUCUGUGACAAGUUUAGAUGAGAUCCGACGACAUCUUGUUAAUGGUAUAGAACCGUUGGUGAACUUGCUAGUUCAGAAUAGGACAUUUGUUACCAGUAUAAUGUCACAGGGCAGUGAUGUAGCAUCAGAGGAUAGUCUUGCAAGGUUAGAGCUUCUGGUGAAGAUUGCCGACUGCCUACCUAAACAAACAGAUGAUGUAUUACAAUGCUGGAUGAAACAUAUAAAUAAUAAUGAGUCAUCAUCUAGUAUAUUUGACCAGAUCUUCCUGGCAGCAUCUCAUUGUUAUGUUGCAUUCAGUAUGUCUUUAACAAUGAGGACAACAAAAGAAGUGCCCCUAUAUGAGUAUGUAUGUACCCAGGUUUGUGGUCUUGUUGGCAGUUUGCCAGCAAAAUAUUUCAAUGUUCUGGAGGAAAGUCUACUCCAGAGUUUGUUCUCAGUGAACAUGUAUGUGUCAUGUCUUACAGAAGAUGUAUGGUGCUUCAUAUCAAGGUUUGGGUCUGCAGAUUUAUGCUACCAGCAUACAAAGUUACUGAUUGACGUUUGUGAAGUGUCGGGCUACCCUUACUGUGUUGUCAAACUAGUGAAAAGACUUGUGAAGUUUCUAGCCCCAGAUCAUCAGAACCAGUUGAUGAAGUGUUUCCCACCUGACAAACAUGUUAGACUGUGGUGUGAUAUAUUUUUGUCUGUCUUACCUACAACAAUAUCUACUGACAAGUGGCAACUGUUGAUUGAACAUCUGCUUAAAGAUGUAGAGAAUUUCAUUUCCAAAAGUAACAGAACUUACACUGAUUUAGUUUUCUUGAUGGAAAGUUUGACAUAUCUUGUGGAGGUUUUUGAUCAUCAUGGGAGCACACAGAAUAAUCUACAGGAUCUUCUGCCGGCGUGUGUCAAGGGAAAACUUUCUCAAUUCUAUGAAUUAUGGGAUAGACAAUGGACAAGGGAGGCAAUCUUCAGUAACUUUUUGUCAAAGCUGACAGAGUUGUCCGGAUUUCUUAUAACACAUUUGGGAAAUGAAGAUUUUUUAAUGAUAUUAGAUUUACUGUUGGACUUGGUGAAAGCAGAUUAUGAUGGCGUGAAAAUUACGGCUUGUCAUUUUCUAAAAAGGUGUAGGAAAACUAAAUUUUCACCUGAUUCUAAUCAACCAUUAAUACUAAAGAAGAUAGCCAUGUUGUAUGGCCUAUUACUUCAAGACAAAAAUAGUUUAGUACACCACACAUCACUUGAAUCAUUUACGCAAUUUGCUGAAAGCACGCCGUAUGAAUCUCUUGUACCAGAAUGUUUAGGGGAUAAUCAACAGUUACAGAACAAAGUUGUUGCUUUCCUUAGUAAAGUUACUGAAAUUGAUGUGAACAGUGAUAAAGUUUGUUACCUGAAGCAACAGUAUAAUGCCCUCAGUCAUCCCAAAUUGUAUCCUGGCUUACAAACAAGCAAAGAUGGGAACCAGUGUUCAACAGAGGUUGUCGGUCAAGUUCUAGAGAGGAAGAAUAUAGCUGAUGGAGAUAUGCUAGAUGAUAUUGAGGAGCCUGCUUUGAAAAGAAAGAGAUGUCUUGAUAUUGAAGUAAGUUUUAGUAUCAAUAAGAGAUAGUGAUGUUACUUUUUUCUAGAAGACAUUCAUUUAUUUACACAAUGCUGGUCUUUAUCUUUA